AUGAUGAGACUACCGGAUUUCACUAAUUCGCGGACAAAAACCAUUAUACAUGCCUUCCAGGCAUUCAUAAUCUUCCUGGCAUGGGCGAUGACAAUUGCGGUAUUCACGCAGCCUGGAAAGGCAGAUGGCAGGAUAGUAUACUAUUUCAUCCUGUGCUGGCUUAGUAUCCCGGGGCUCGUGUAUUUGACUGCUGUCCCGAUGUGGCCGCGCAUCAGGAAAUUCGGGAACGUGUAUGCCUUUGCUUUCAUCGAUGGUCUCUUUACGCUGCUCUGGUUUGCGGCCUGGAUAGCCACGGCGACAUACGUGGGGACGGGGAUAGCUCAGGGCGGAAAGGAACAUAAAGAUAAUGACAAGGACAAGGACAAAAAUAAGAAUAAGUCCGGAUGCGAUGUCUUUGCUUUUGGCAGCCCGACAAAGUGCAGGUUGAGCACCGGAACGACUGUCUUGGGAGUAUUCGUCUUUGUGAUGGAGUAUCGCCGGACGGGAACAAUGCCGUACGACGGCUCAGAUCCCACCUUCGCCGCUCACGCUCAAGCAGCCUUCUCGUCAAAUCCAGCACACGAUUUCGACGAUGAUGACGACAGAGACCCCGAGUCUCGAACCGGCCGUUUCCACGGUGGACCGCCAUCUCGUCAGAACGACGAGGACGAGUACGCAUUACUUCAUAACAGUGAAGUAGACGAUAUGGGUCCUCAUGGCAGCCAUCGUCCGCCGCCAUCUUACGAUCCCACCGCCUCAAAUAUCAGCAGUCAGCCCCCCAGGUUAAGCCCUCUACCACCAGCAGGAAGCUCAAUGAGUGAUUUCGACACAAGCUAUGGGGGAGCCUAUGGCGGUCACCGGUCUGAAGUCUCGGGCGAUUAUUCCUACAACAGAUAA